AUGGCUCGCUAUCAUGACACACCUACCAGAGCAGCUGCUUACCAGGCCGAAAACAGACAGCGAUAUUCGCUUUACCAACCCGUCAAUGGCAAAAGCCACCGCAAGAGCUCCGUCAGUAAGCAUGGCGAGAAGGUGCAGAAAGAGCGCGAGCUCACCGCCUCACGGGCGAGCGCCGACCCGGGGCCGGGCAGAAGACGGGGUACGAUGAGGAGCAAGGAGCAUGACGAGGAAGAGGAAGCGAUUCAGAGAGCGAUUGAAGAGAGCAGGCGAGAAGUAGACGGCUCAGGCAGGCGGAACGGCAAGCGGGCCAGAGAUGACAGCAGUGAAGACAACAAGCAUGCCAUCAAGCGGCAGCGGAGGACGUCAGAACUACCACCCUCAAACCUGCGGAAGGCGACGGCCGACGACGACUCUGACGACGAGCCAGCAAGCCGCAGUAAGAAGGCCAAAGCAGAGGCUGCGCAGUCAAUCCGACAAGCUGAGAUGCGCGAGAAAGAGAAGGAACGCGAGCGAGCACGAAAUGAAGCCGCGAGUCGAAGGCAAGAUAGAGCCGGCCGAAGACGCGCAGACGACGACCCACUCGACGAGACGCCGAAGCCGAAUAACAGCGGCAAGCCUUCUCCCCUACCAUCCUCUCAACCCGGCAGCCCACACGCCCACGAUCUACCAGAAAGGAUCUCACACAAGAAAGGCGCGGGCAAGAAGACGAAAAAGCUGGGUAACAACCAAUAUACCAAAGCCAAAGACCUCGCCGUCUCCUCUCCCCACGGACGGAAACGCAACGGCGCCGGCAUCAGUAGUGGAGAAGAGAACACCACGAACGGCGACGGCCACCAUCUACCAAACGGCAGCGGCAACCACAGCCCUGAGCGUUCUACCGGGCCUGGGAAGGGCAGAUGGGGCGGCAAGGGCAAGCAGAAAGCCGUGAAUGGGACUGUUGGGGCGAAGAAUGAGGACCCGGCGGAUCUGUCGCUGGGUAAUAUGAAGCGACGCAUGGACGCGAUGGCGGCUUUCAUCACACGUGCGCAGAUGGAGACGGCGGGUGGGGAGAGGACGCCUAGUAACGGGGAGGUGGGAGGAGCGGUGCAAGCGCCGCGUUCGGGCGUUGAUGGAGCAAGAGGAGGAGGAGGUGGGGAGGGGGAGAAGUUUGAGCAGAUGUCGGCGAUGGAGAUGGCGGACGUGGUCAGCAGGGGCAUUAUUAGCUGGCAUCGGCGGUUCGAUCAUUUGGUUUGA